AUGUUCGUUUCAUCAAUGUUCGCAAUGUUCGCAAUGGUUUGUUUUAUCAAUGUUCGCAGUGUUUGCAUUGUCGCAAUGUUUGCAACAUUCGCAAUGUUCGUUUCGUCAAUGUUCGCAAUGAUUUGUUUUAUCAAUGUUCGUAACAUUCGAAAUGUUCGUUUCAUCAAUGUUCGCAAUGUUCGCAAUGGUUUGUUUUAUCAAUGUUCGCAGUGUUUGCAUUGUCGCAAUGUUUGCAACAUUCGCAAUGUUCGUUUCGUCAAUGUUCGCAAUGAUUUGUUUUAUCAAUGUUCGUAA